AUGGGGAUAGGUGUUGUUAUUCGAGAUUCAGCAGGUGAUAUUCAGGUGGUGUUAGCUACUCAAAGAAAUUUUGUAACCUCUGCCUACUUAGCUGAGCGUUAUGCCCUUUUAAGAGCAGUAAACUUAUGCACUGAUCUGGGUUUUGAGAAUGUUGAGUUUGAAGGAGAUGCUAAGGCAGUUGUUGAUGCAGUAAAUGCUACGGCUUCAGAUUCUUCAUGGUCAGGUCAGAUUAUUGAAGACAUUAGGCAAGCCAAGUUACUGCACUCAAGAUGGAAGUUCUCUUUUAUCAGAAGGGAAGGAAAUCAAUCAGCUCAUCAAACUGCACAGUUAGCGCUUUCUUUAGAUAUAGAAACUGUUUGGAUGGAGGAAGGACCUGUUGCGGUUCUACCUUAUAUUUAG